ACCAUAAUCACUCGCACAGUCGCACCAAACAACCAAUAACAGUAGUAAAAACGCGAACAAUUUCAAUAAACUCUUUCAAAAAAUCAAAACUCCGAGCUUGAACACAUUUUCAUCAAUGGCUACAUCAUUAAUUUCUCCCUCAAAAUCGAUCUUAUCCCCAUUUUUCACUACCCCAACUAAAUCAUCAACUCCGUUUUCAUGGAAAUUGAGCCCAAUUCAAAAACCCCACAAAAUUUCCGCACCUAAACUGGUUUCUGGUGGUGGGUUUUUGGAAAGAGAAAGUAGCAAAAGUACCUUUAAACUCAACUCUUAUUCUGCCUCUUCUUCAUCAUCGUCUUUUGGUAAUGUUGAUAAGAAAAAUGGGAAUAUAACGGUGGAUACUUGCUUGGUAGUUCCUCCUCCAAAUUCCAGGAAACCUCGUGCAAUUAUUAAAUUUCUUGGUGGUGCUUUUAUUGGCAAGGUUUCUCAAGUUACAUACAGCUAUCUAAUUGAGCUAUUGGCAAAGGAAGGAUAUCUUGUUGUGUUGGUUCCUUAUAAUGUGACAUUCAAUCAUGAAGAUGCAGCUAGGCAGGUUUAUGAGAGAUUUAAUGCCUGCUUGGAUAUCCUUCUUACCUGUGGAUUGUCUGAUGCGAAACUCGAUGCUUCCCAGCUUGUUGGCCUCCCUGUUUUCUCUGUUGGCCACAGUAAUGGGGGACUUCUUCAGGUGCUGACAGCAAGCUACUUCUUUGACAAAAUACCAAAGGCUAAUGCUGUGGUUUCAUUUAACAACCGACCAGCAACAGAGGCAGUGCCGUACUUUGAACAGUUGGGCCCUUUAAUGAGUCAGGUUAUACCAAUGGUGGAAACAAAUCCAAUGUAUUCAAUGGCUACCAGUGUAUCAGGAGAUGCAUGGAAGGCGUUGCUAGAUGGAGCUGGAGCAGUAAUGUCUCAAACUGAUCCCGAGUUGUUUUCAUCAGUUAAUCAAUUUGUUGAUCAGUUGCCCUCGGUGCUAAAUGAGGUUAGACAAGGAGUAUCAGAGUUCAGGCCAACACCUGCAGAAAAUCGUGAACGUUGCAAGUGUUCAUACAACGUCCCACACACAUUGCUGGUGAAGUUCAGUUCUGAUGCAAUCGACGAGACAGAUCUCCUUGAAGAGACACUGAAGCCCCGCGUUAAGUCCAUUGGUGGGACCCUUGAGAAGGCCCAACUGAGUGGUAACCACCUUACACCAUGCAUUCAGGAUCCAAAAUGGCAAGUGGGUAACCUGUACACACCUGUGGAUGCUAUUGCCCAAGGCUUGAAAACUAUUUCAUUGAAUGACACCAAAGUUCUUGCUCAAACCAUAACCAAUUGGUUCAGGCGUUUUGAAGAAUAAUAUGAUCAAGGCGUUUUGAUGCAGGAUGAUUCGAGCUUUCGUGUCUUUUGGUCCAUUGUCAGAAUUUCUAGUAAUAUGACAUGCUGUAAUCACUGGGGAAAAGGAGGGGGUUGAUUAUUGCAGAGGGACAAGUUUGUAACUUGUAAGUGUACAUGUAUGUUAUUUUUAGAAAUAUUUGAUUGCAUUCUGGUAGAUGGAAGCCUAGCUGCCGUUGACUACUAGAGUAUUAUUAUGUCAAUAUAACAAUCCUUGGCUUUGGUAAUCCUUCUUAGAGUUUUCAUUGUAUUAAAAUUCAUAAACAAGUGGAGUAAAAGAAAAAGAAAAAAAACAAAUUCAACAGA